UGCCUAUAUGAACAUAUGGACAACUUAUGGUGGCCCUUCGGAAAUGAUAACAUAUGAACAGUAUUCAACUGUUUUAGCCCCAGCUUUGGACAAAAUAACCAGAGAAUUAAUCAAAACAUUAAAGCUUGUUGCCCCAAUUACUUUCACUAAAGAAUGCCCAAAAUUAUUAAAAAAGGCAAAGGCUAAUUUGUUAAAAGAAGGAAAAAUUGACUCAUUUAUGGCACCUGCUAGAGCCGAAGCAUUAUAUGUUGCGUUGGGGACUGUUUGCAAUGUUCCGAAUAAUUUAAAAAAAUGA